AUGGAUAGGGAUUUCGUCCACCGCUCUUUGCGAAAAGUGGCACUGACGCGCCACGUUUCCACUCUACUCAAACGCCGCAAUAGCCCCAACGAAGAUACCCGCACCAGACAACUGGAAUCAUGGCGAAUCGGUAAAGCAGCACAGAAGCUCGACGACGAACUCAACAAGUACAUAGCAACCCACGCAAAGCCAGAAUGCAUGACACUGUCCGAGAUGAUGCAGAGCAAACUACCACGGGAACUACGAGAUAUGGUGUACGCUUAUCUACUCCCGCGGGAGACUUACAGCCUGUGGCAUUUCGCCCACGAUCGUCAGUGGCUUCAGUUCCUCCGAAAGUCCAGUUGCGAUCAUGUCUUCAUGGGAGGAUACCUUUUAUCCGACACCAUGAAGGAAAUCGGCGAAUUGUGGUACGAGCGAUCUACCUUCGUCGUUCUCGGCUUUCUCUUAGGGCGUGGUAGUGACCCCAAGCUUGCUUCCGAAGCCUUGGACUUCCUCGAAGACGACGGUUGGGGCCUGGACAUCAAUGUGUACCAGCACGUCAAGCAUAUCUAUAUCCGCCUCGACUACACGGGGAACGUGCAUGAUAAAGUUGACCAACUCAAGGCUAACCUCCGGAAACUGACGUCACUGGGAGCAAAUGUGCGGGUGGUUCUACAACUCCAAUGUACAUACUCGCCCACCAAGACGCUGGGAAGGCAGCAAGUAGUAGAGCUUGUGAAGAAGCUUCGCAUCGUGUUUCCUGUCCUGGAGGAGCUCGUGAAAGGAGGAAAGAGAGUUAUGGUCAACGUGAAAGGCUAUAAUGUGUUCGACGUCAAGGUUGAAAAGCUGAACGCUCAGAGUUGGAUCAGUCAGUUGACCAAAGUGCUCUCAGACAAAGAUUUGCCUGUUCUACAGUUAUAA